AUAAAAUGAAAACAUAUAGUCGAAGCCAAAUUGACACCAACAAAAAGCAAAAGCCCUCACUGCUUCUCCUGCAAAACCCUAACACCAAAAAGCUAAUCAAUGGAAUUCGACGAGAUUGAGUAUCUGGAGAAAACCGUAGAGGAAGCGGAAGAUCGAGACGAUACGAGGAAGAAGAACAGCAGUAGUAGCAAAAAGAGAAAUGGAACCGAGAGAAGUUACAGGAAGCGAGACGUCGAUGAUGAAGAUAUCGACAACGACGAGGACCGAAAGGCAAAGAAAUUGAAAGCUGAGGACGAGAAUGGUCGCGAUCGCCACCACCGGAGAGACCGAGAUUUAGAUAGAGAUAGAAGUAGCAGACAGAAAGAUAGAGAGAGAGAGAGGAGAGAGAAAGAUAAGGAGAAGGAGAGAGAGAGGAGAGAGAAGGAGAAGGAGAGGGAGAGGAGAGAGAAGGAGAAGGAGAGGGAAAAGAGAGAGAGGGGGGGAGAGGAGGAGAGAGAGGAGAGAGAGAAAGAUAAGGAGAAGGAGAUAGAGAGGAGAGAGAGGGAGAGGGAAAGGAGAGAGAGAGGGGGAGAGGAGGAGAGAGAGAAAGAUAAGGAGAAGGAGAUAGAGAGGAGAGAGAAGGAGAGGGAGAGGGAGAGGGAAAGGAGAGAGAGGGGGGGAGAGGAGGAGAGAGAGAGGAGAGAGCGCAGCAGGAGCAGGUCGAGGAGGUAUGAAAGUGAUAAUCGUGAGAGGGAGAGGGAGAGAGAGAUUGAUACGAGAGAAAGCAGGAGAUUUAAAGAAAAGAAAGAAGUGGUGGAGCCUGAAGCUGAUCCAGAAAGGGACCAAAGAACUGUUUUUGUGUACCAGAUGCCUUUGAAGGCGACAGAGAGAGAUGUGUAUGAAUUCUUCUCGAAAGCAGGCAAGGUCAGGGAUGUUCGAUUGAUAAUGGACCGAAAUUCAAGGCGGUCAAAAGGAGUUGGGUAUGUUGAAUUCUAUGAUGCAAUGUCUGUGCCAAUGGCAAUAACUCUUUCAGGUCAACUGCUUCUUGGACAACCUGUAAUGGUUAAGCCUUCUGAGGCUGAAAAGAACCUCGUUCAGCCUAGUGCUUCAGGCGGUGGCACAGGUGGUGUUACUGGACCAUUUGGAGCAGUUGACAGAAAACUGUAUGUUGGGAAUUUGCAUUUUAACAUGACAGAAAUGCAGCUUAGACAGCUUUUUGAACCAUUUGGUAUUGUGGAGCUUGUGCAACUGCCUCUUGACCUUGAGACAGGACAAUGCAAAGGUUUCGGAUUUGUUCAAUUUACUCAACUUGAAAAUGCUAAGGCUGCACAAAGUGCUUUGAAUGGAAAACUGGAGAUUGCGGGUCGAACUAUUAAGGUUUCAUCUGUUACAGAACAUGGCGGACAGCAAGACAGUGGAGUAAAAUCUGCUGACUUCGACGAUGAUGAUGGGGGUGGAUUGGCUUUGAAUGCUCAAUCAAGAGCAUUGCUUAUGCAGAAGCUGGAUAGGACUGGCACUGCCACAAGUAUUGCAGGCUCUCUUGGAGUACCUUUGCUAAAUGGAUCAGCUCCAAAUCAACAAGCCAUUAGCUUGCCUGUCAAUGGGCAAACUAAUAUUGGAGCAGCAGCAUUUCCGGCACUAGUUUUACCUUCCCCUGCUUAUGAAUCUAUUGGGCAACCCAGCGAGUGUCUAUUGCUGAAGAAUAUGUUUGAUCCAGCCACUGAGACGGAACCAGAUUUUGAUUUGGAUAUUAAAGAGGAUGUAGAAGAAGAAUGUUCAAGAUACGGUCAGGUGAAACAUAUUUGGGUGGACAAGAAUAGUGCUGGGCACGUGUAUCUACAGUUCGACAGCAUGGAAGCAGCAGCAAGAGCUCAGCGUGCAAUGCAUAUGAGAUGGUUUGCGCGCAGGUCAAUUUUAGCAAUUUUCAUGGCUUCAACUUUUGGACUGGGUAAUAAGUCCUUCAACAAGGCUGCUCGAAUGUUGUUUUCAACUUCUUGUUGUCCUUGGCAUAUGCAUUUCCAUAGCAAGAGCAGAUUUGCUGAGUAUGCCCAAGGUUGCUUUACAGGCAACUCUGCAAUACAAAUAGAAUUCUAAACUGUUCCAUUAAGUUUUAAGGAACAUCCUUUUCUUCUCCGGAGUGAGAAGUGGUUUUCUUUCCUCGGGAAUAACUUCACUGUAGGCCGUGAUCAGAGAAAUUACCGUGGUUAGAACGUGUUGGCUUUUCAUUUUUUUCUGCUGGCCCGCAUUAUUCAUGGUUUGCAGCAACAUGUUCUUUUCUUGUACUUGGAAGAAGAAUGGAAUGCUUAACUGAUACUCUUUAACUUACAAGGAAGUUGGCUUUCUUCUUCCGAGUAGGAAGGGGUUUGCUGCCCUAAGAAUUGCGGAAACCACCAAAGCAACUGUUAUCUUUUCAUCUUUCCCUGUGUGCCCUCGCUGUUUUUUGUCUGCAGCAUCAUGUCUUUCCAUU